GAAAGGUGGAACUACAACAGUAUAAACAUGGGAGGAGUGUUUAGUGGAGGGAAAUCAGUACAGCUCUACUCAGUCCUGACUCCUCUUCCUUCUCCUCCUCCUCCACUGCAGGCGCCACCCCAAGGCCAAGUCUUUCUAUUUGCAUAGAGGGCUAAAAAGGGAGCUGACAGAACAGGGCAGGUGGUAACGGCCAACAGACUGAGGAGGAAGGAGGAUCAGCCUCCAGCACUGAACGCCCGCUGUCUCGCUCAGACAGAACCGCAGAACGACAUCACAUUAGAAGGAGCAACCUGAGCAACAACAACUAAAACUCUGAGGUUUCUGAAUCCAGCCCAUUAACUUUUCCCAUGUAGAGAGGCAGUGAGCUGAGCCAGGCUGAGUGACGGAUCAACAAGGGAUAGACUGACAUCUUCAUCCUCUAACAGCCCACCUCACAUUCAGCUCUCCUGUAUCUGAACGGGUCCACCCCCUCACUCUGAAGACGUCAGGUGGAUCAGGUUUCAUUUGCUGUGGAAACUGAGAACAGAUAACUCAGAAUUCACAGAGCAAAAAAGACCAAAGUGUCAAAGAGGAGACUUUGACAAAGAGAGGAAUCCUGACAUCUUGUAAGAUGGGAGAAAACACUCCACAGAUCUGGCACAUGCAGAUUCCUGGACAGGAAGUUCCAGAUGAGCUUCAGAAGAAGAUAUCGGUGGCCGGCCAGCCGGAGUGCUCCAUCUGCUACAACAGCUACGACAACGUCUUCAAAACACCCAAGCUGCUGGAGUGCACCCACACCUUUUGCCUGGAGUGCCUGUCUCGCCUCAUGGCCAUCUCCCUGACCGAUCAAGAUGAGGGUGCUGGCAGCACACGCCUCUCUUGCCCCUUCUGCCGCCAUCCCACUAUGCUGCCAGAGGAUGGGCCCCCCGCCCUGGCAACCAGCCGGGAGGUCCUCUGCAAACUGCCCAGCCACCAGCAGCAGGAGGAGCCCGUGUGGCUGGAGGGGGAGAAGCUGUGCUACAAGACCUCCAGACAGGACGCCCUCUCCGGAGCGCCUGGCAGCCCCACGGCCUUCUGCAUCUGCAUCGACAUCGGGGCCAGUAAGUCAGUGGAUGCUCCGGUCCAGACCAGGCGCCGGAGCUCGGGUCUGAUAGGCCGACUGGCAGAAUGGAAGAGGAUGGUGCUGUUUGUGGUGCUCAUGGUGCUGCUGGUCAUAGUGGUGCUGUGGCCUCUGCAGUGUGUGUUCACCACCGGAAACAUGCGCUGCAUGAGAAACGGACCCCACAUCAGCACCACGGCAACCACUACCACCAUUGACCAGUCGAUCAGCAGGUCCGGCUUGAAAGGAUGAGCAGCUCAACUUACAGGACUUCACCACGACACUUUCAUUUGAAGAGUUGGAUUCUUGGUAAUUUGUGUGAUGGGCUAGCAACGUGUCUGCUGCCUCUGAUGCUGUAGCUGGGACCAGACCUGGUUACCCUGCAGUGAUGAAUGAAGGGCUUUUCACUGAUUCAUUCAGACUUUACAGCUCCAUUUCUGUCAACGUUUCUGUUUUAAAAUGGCUACUUCCCCACAAGCAGAAGUCAUGUACGCAGUUCUGCAAGGAGUAGAAAAAACUUUGACACAUUUGCACUUUGACCCGAGCUUGUAUUCUGAGAUAAGAACAUCUGACCGGUUCUGUUUGGAGCAGAACGUUUGGUACCGACUGACAUAGAAUCCUGAAGUCCAGGCCAAACAGCUCAGCACAUUUACUGAGCUGGUGUGGAAAUGUGAACUUUGUUGGAUGGGAUCCACAUGUGCCAAUGACAAAUGUGUAUAAUGUGACUGAUUGUGACUUUUGAUACAUCUUUGUUUACAAAACUACAAUUAAAAGUGAAGUAUUAAGCUCG